ACCACCACUACCACCUCGCCUGUCAAGAGACCUGCGCUGGGUCGCCGGGCCGUCUCCUCUUACGCACUCCAUUCCGCACGCACAUCGCCCUCGACGCCCGGGGAACUGUCCCACUCGCAUGGCCAGUCGCAAUCGUCACAGCAGCUGCAGCAGCGAGCGACCGUCGGGGGCCAUCAUAAAACGCAUCAUCGUCCGCAUGUUGUCGGUGGGGCCCAUCGCUCCCACGGCCGCAACCCGUCGUUUGGCAAGCAGCUCAACAAGCUCCAGCGGUUGACCUCUGCGCAACACCUGGCUUCGGAGGGAGUGCCGGCGAUAACGGCAACAACAACGACGACGACGACGACGACGACGACAUCGGGGACGUCGGGGACAUCGGGGACGCGCCAUCACUACCGCAAGAGGUCGGCUCCCACGACUCCCGCCGUCAGUCCCGGGACGCAGCAGCAGCAGCAGCACGUGCGUUGGGACGGCGGUGUCGAGGAUCAUCAAAAGACGACGGCGGCGACAACGACAACGACGACGGCACCGCCAAUCAAGAAGAAUUACUCCAGUCCUGCGCUGCGGCGGAACCAUUCGGCGGUCCUGCCUAAGAAGGCGCUGGUCACCGACCGCCCGCACACAAGCAGCGGUAAGAAGAAGACGGUCGGCUUUGAACUCGUCGACUCGGACUCGGACGACGACAACGAGUGGGAGGACACUACCCAGUCACCGGAGAGCACACGACGUAAUUCCGUCGCCGCGCUGUCCAAGGACAGUGCCGACAACGGCUCCGUCCUUGUUGAUCCACUGACGUUUGUGAAACGCUCGUACACCCAGUUUCCUCGAGCAACCAGUCUUCCGGAAGCGUUUGUCAAACCUUUUACCCCCGAGAGUGGCCACAACCCUGACGCCGCCGCCGCCGCCGCCGCCGCCGACGACGACGACGACGACGACGAGAAUCACCAGGACGACAAUAACGACAGCAACGACACUGAGAACGACGGCGACGGCGACGAUCACCGCGAGGCGCAUAAAAAGACCGACGUGUCGGAACAUCUCGACAUCGCCUCCCGCCUGCUUAGCCCCUCGCUUUCCGCCAAAGCUCCGCCCGCCAUGUCGUCGAUUUCCGCCAUGGUCAAGCCCACCGCGGUCGACACGGUGUCUCGGAAUGUGUCGCUGACGAAUCUAGCGGCCGUCGUACAGGACCCCUCUCGCCGGCUGGCGGCUACCAUGUCGGCGACUUCUCUAGCGACUCCACCGAGCACCCAGACCCAGGCGACCUCAUCCUCCAUCGAAGGGGGCGUCUCACGAUUUAUUGUCAACAACAAGGCGAGCAACCAGGCGUCUUUCCGGACGGAUUCCGAUCCGAACACGCCCUCUUCAUUCUUGCCGCACUACCACCCUCAGACUCCUCCCUCCCCGCGCCGGGCGGACUCUGCGUCGAAGAAAUCCAAGGUCUCGUCCCCUCCUCGUUCCCGUGGAGCCGAGCCACCCUCUCGCACCCAGCAGAAACUGUGGCUGCAGCGGACCGCGACCCUGAACACCUCCCCCCCGGAUGCCCAUGGCGCGCCGGCAACGGUCGCGCCGGCCGUGAUGGACCCGGCCUUCAUAGCGACGAAUGGACGCAACGGGCUUGGAACCUACGAGUCCGUCCGUGGCACCGCCAAUGGCGGUGCUUCCCCUCAGGACAGUGAAACGAAACACAUCCGCAAAACCUACGAGAAGAUCACGUCCGAAUUGACCGUCGUUCGCCGCUUCCAGUCCCCCACGGGCAACAGCUUCGCCCGCCUGGGCUUCCUCGUGGGUACCAGCAACGCUGUGCAGGCCGUGGACCGCAAAUCCGCCCUGACAAAACCCAUCAAGUCUGCGCCGGCCCUGACUCUGCUCAAGACUUCCGCCGAACGGAAGCAGCAGCAGCAGCAGCAGCAGCAGCAGCAGCAGCAGCAAGCCAAGGCGCGGAAUCCAACGACCACCUCCCCACCCCCAAAGCAAAUCAUCGGUCGAACCACAACCAUCUCUGAAGCAGUUGAUUCAGCGCCUGCCGCCGUACAGGUUGACAUCCCGGAACGCCCUCCCUCGCAGCAUCCGUCGCAGCGACUCCUGUCUACCUCUGACGAGGGGACCCAUGCCGCAGGCAGCAGCGACAACGACGACGAGAUGACCGAGUCGGCGUAUUACUCGAAUGAGGCGGAGAUGAUGAUCCGUCGGAUGUGGGAGAGCCGGGAACUCGCAAGCUCU